AGAGAUAGGAAAACAAAUUCACGUUUUAAAAUAUUAAAAUUUCUGAUUAUUGUUUAUUCACGCAACGAAAAAAGAAAAUACACGCCAUUUUCGCAGAAAUACGGAUGUGAAGUUUUUCAAAAUUCAUUCCCUACUCUAGUUUUAUAAAAUUGUUCUACUCGAUUCUCGAAAUGGCUCCAACACGUACUUCACGACGCAGUUCAGCGAACUUUUCAUUCGACGAUGUAAAUGUUGAGGAACAGAGGCAAGCGUAUCUCCGCUACGAACAGGAAUUGAAGGAUCUCGCACUUGCUCGAAACCUUGAGAAUGAAUUGAACUGGGGGCCAAAUCCAGCCAACCCAGCGCCUCCUCAAAAUCCUCCACAACCUGAAACUGUUCAUAUCCAAGUGAAUCGAGAUAAUCCUCAAGCUCAACAACAAAAUCUGACAGGAACCAUAGCUCCAGCUGGAAGAGAAGGUACUGGAGUACAGGUGGCUGCUGUGGCCCCGGAUCCCACCAGCGCAGCGACUGGGUCACAAGGACAACCAACUCCCCAGAAUGCACAAAAUCAGCCAACAAUCAGAGCCGCAGCUGGAAGAGAAGGUUAUGGAGGCCACGUGGACGUUUUACCGGCCGUUCUUGCAAGAAACUUGCCGUCACAAGGAAUCAAUGAAAAUGCCAUAACCCUUGAUGAUGACGAAUCUGAAGUCAAAUUGUCAGACUCUUUUGAAGCUGCUCCAUCGAAUCAGCCAAGCACAUCACAAGGCACCUCAAAUCAUGCAGCUCGAGUUGGCUCACCGAUCGGCGCACGGGGAGAGUGUACCGUCUGUUUUGAGACUCCAGUUGACCCACAAGGCUGUAAUCGAUGCAUGAACGUUAUUGGAUGCAAAACAUGUGUUCAAAGGUGGCACCGUUCCUCUACCCAGCCUUCGUGUCCACUAUGUCGCCGUCGCUGGAUCGCCACACCUGACGUAUCACCCAUGGAAAUCAUCAAGUCUCGACGUCAAUCAUUUCGCCUCCGUCAGAUACGAGCAACUCGUCGUUCUCAUUCUCGUCAACCAUAUUGAUUUAAUUUUUCUCUGUCAAAAAAAAAUCAGAAUAAACACAGGAAAAGUUCAAAUUUUGUGUUCUUAUUUCAGGAUAA